AUGGCCGAAGAACAGAAGGUGGCCGCGGCCACGGAGGCUGCCAACCCAAAUGUCACCGCCGAACAGGACGUGAAGGAAGUGCUCGCAGAGCUCAAGUCAGAGGAGGCCAGCAAGCCAGAGGGCACAGAGGGAGAGAAGACGGAAGAAGACAAGAUUGUUGAGGCUGCAAAGAAGCUGGGGGAAGAUGCUCUGUCAAAUGAAAAGGCAAAGGAGGCCUCAGAGUCACAAAAGGGCCGCGGAAGUGGUCGCGGUCGUGGACGGGGAGGGGUGCGCGUCAACUACAGGGACAAUAUCAAGUCGGAUGCUACCUCCCUAGAGGAGACAGAUGAUCCAGUUGAGAUUCGAAAACAGGUUGAAUUUUACUUCUCUGACUCCAAUCUUCCCAUGGACAAGUUCCUUCUCUCCAAGGUCGGUGGUAGCGAGAACAAGCCUGUCGAGCUCUCGCUUCUCCAUUCCUUCAAGCGUAUGCGCCGCUUCCAGCCCUUCAGCGCGAUCGUCGAAGCCCUCAAAACUUCAGACCUCCUCGAGCUGGUAGAUGACGAUAAGUCCGUCCGCCGAAAGACCCCUCUUCCAGAAACCGUCAAGGAAACCCCUGAUGUAUCUGCCGUUAAGGUCUUCGAAGACAAGGCCAUGCACCGUAGCAUCUACGCCAAGGGCUUCGGCGAUGAAGAGCCCAGCACGCAGUUCGACAUCGAGGCCUUCUUCACCCCCUAUGGCCCAACAAAUGCUGUCAGACUUCGACGUACCCAGGACAAGACGUUCAAGGGUAGCGUCUUUGUAGAGUUCGAAUCCGAGGACCUCCAGAAGGCGUUUUUGGCUGUUGAUCCAAAGCCAAAGUGGAAGGGAACCACCGAAUUGAUCAUCAAGAGCAAGAAGCAAUAUUGCGACGAUAAGGUGAAGGAGAUAGAAGCCGGCCGUUUGAAGCCCAGCGAACGAUCUGGUGGGCGCGGAAGAGGGGGGCGGGGGGGCCGUGGUGGUCGUGGUGGACGUGGUGGUCGAGGCGGUCGUGGCGGCCGUGGUGGUGGCCGAGGUCGUGGAGAUAGAAACCACGGUGACCGUAAUAGAGAGAGAGAAGAAGCUGAGGCAAAGCGCCCUGAAGCCGAGAAGGAUAGCCGAGGUGUCCCAGUCAUCCAGGUCUCCGGUGACAAAUCUGAAUCGCAACAAAACGGAAACGGUGGUCAAAAGCGCGGCCGAGAGGAAGAUUCUGCUGCGAAGACCGCUGGUAACUCUGAGGAGAGACCCGCUAAGAAAGUCGAUGCCAAAGACAGCUAA